AUGGGAGUUCCCCAGGGAGAAGGAGAAAAGCAAAAAUGCAGCACUUGCAAUGAUUUUGUGAGUGAUGCGAUCAUGCGAAGAGUGUACAGAGCAUGGAGGGCUGCGAUCGACAUUCAAGAAAUAAGGAAGUAUAUUGAUGUAUCUGGUAUUCAACUGUACAAGAUCAACGGCAAGGAUAUUGUGUUCCUGAAUCCCAACUCGGAUGGGUCUCAAGAUCAUCAUGUACAUGAUCCCAAGUGUCAGAUAUGCAGAAGGAGAAUCAAAGAGUCCAACUAUCUCUUUUGCUCUAUUGCUUGCAAGAAUUAUAAAAGUGUGGAAUACAAGAUGGAAAUAGGGGAGCAGCAGCCUAUGCGGAAGAGGAAGAGGAAGAGUACAGCAGGUGAAGGUGAAUGCUCCUCCGCCAGGUCCAUGCGCAAGAGGAGUAGGAAAGGAAUCCCUCGAAGAGCCCCGUUCUGGUGA